CAGUAGUGCACAUGGAGACGUAACUGGUUGUCUUGCCGCGUGACCCGUGUUCGAAGCUUCCCACCGUUCAUUGUUUUGUCAUUUUUCUCUCUCAAUUCAUGGGCCGAAUUUGAAACAGAGAAUAAAGAGUGUCCGCCAGUUAAAUGCCGAAUAGUCAGCUGUGGCGCGAUGGUCCAAUCUGCUCUUCCACACACCGUGAGGGGACGCUAGAGGCCAGUACCGAUUUGAGUGACUUCUCUUCCAACUAUUGGAUCGAAUUCGAACACGUUGAUGGAGUCGAAGUCACCGGUGGAGGAACCCUCAACGGCCUCGGAGAGCAAGUCUGGAAAUUCGCCGAAUCCGGUGAAAAAAUCAAGGGUGGCCCACUUCUCCCCGUUUCCCUCAUCUUCCAAGCAGUGAAUGAUUCAUCUCUUCAUGACCUCAACUUUGUGAAUAGCAAAGGGUUCCAUAUAAAAGUAUCAGACUGCUCUGAAAUUAAUGUGUCCAAUUUAAAAAUAACCGCCCCCGGAUACAGCCCCAACACUGAUGGCAUCCAUAUUAGUGGUUCCACCAAUGUGAACGUCACCGAGCUUGACAUCGGAACUGGUGAUGAUUGUGUGUCCAUAGGUGAUGGCGUCAACAACCUUCUGGUGACCAAGGUCACUUGUGGCCCGGGACACGGCUUGAGUGUUGGAAGCCUUGGGAAGCGCGAGAACGAGGAUAGUGUGAAAGGUGUGGUGGUGAAGAACUGCACACUGAGAGGCACUACGAAUGGUGCAAGAAUCAAGACAUUUCGUGCCUCACCAAAGCUUGAAGCUGCUAGCAUCACAUUCGAGGAUCUCAUAAUGCAAAAUGUCACUAAUCCCAUCAUCAUUGACCAAGACUACAGCUCCAAGGACAAAAUAGAGCCAUCGAAUGUGAAGCUGAGUGACGUUCACUUCCGCAACAUAAGAGGAACAGCGGCUAUAAAGAACCCGGCAAUCACGUUGACAUGCAGCCAAGCAUAUCCUUGUGAUGGGGUGGAAUUGAGCGACAUUGACAUUGCCCCGGUGGAAGGCGCUGAAGGCGAUCUCAAGCCAAGCUCAUGCCUCAACGCCAAAACAGUUUUGAAAGGGAAACAAAACCCACCUGCCUGCUAAUUAAGCUACAUACCUUUUCUCACAUACAAUUACUCAUACGCGCGCUAUGAUGAUUUGUACUAUCGUCCCUCUUUCAUAAGAAAUAUAUAUACGGAGUAUAUAAAUACAUACGUACAUUUUUU